CCGCUUCCCCGCCGUCCGAGGGCCGCCGGGCCACCGCAGGCCUGCCGCGCCCGGGUAUGCCUGACAGCGGCCCAGAGCGCCUGCCCUACAGAUGCCACGAGGCAUGCCAGGCGUGGGAGCAGCCCCGGGAGCGGCCACGCCACCCACGGAGCCAGACCUGACCCGGUGCCAAGCUCUCAACACUGACAGGAGGACAGUGGCCCAGCCCGGGAGCACGCCCUGAGCUGCUGCCUCUGAUCCCUCCGCCAGGCAGGAGGUACUAGGAGCUGCCUGAAGAGCUGGAGGUGGUGUGGCCCCGGAUGGCCCAGCCUCGCUCCCAGCUCACCCCCAAGAUGUGGACAGCCCUUGUGCUCGGCUGGGUUUUCUGCCUGCAGUUCCCUGAACUCCAAAUGGCAUCCACUUCUGCAGGCCUCCCAGCCCCGAACCAGACCUGGCCUCGCCCACUCAGUGGCAGUGCCCCCCCGGAAACCACUGUUGCAUUUGAGAACAAGACGUCUGCACCAGUGACGCUGGCGACAACGCCCCUGGUCUCCCUAACCAGCUCGGCUCUGGCAUCUGACACCAACCUGACCGAAGCAAAGACCAGGGCCAGGACAGAGGUGGACGGGGCAGCAGGCAAGCUCCAGCCCACCAAACUUGCAGACUCCAGUGCUCCCCCAGGGCCCACGUCGUCUGUCCCCACAUCGCUCUCACGGACGCUGCCCACUGUGGCCACCCAGCACCCAGCUGCCAGCACACCCCGCACACAAGUACCAGGAGGGAACACAUUGCCAGGGACAACCACCGGGACACCACCAGCCCUGAGUGCUGCUACCGCGACCACGGCCGCACUUGGUCCAAGCCAUCCAGUACCCACACUCAGCCCUCCCCAGCCCCCCACGGGUCACUCUGCGACAGACCUCCCCCCGGCCACAAGCCCACAGCCUCCCAAUACAACCACGCAAGGUCCCACUACCCAGACAUCCACGGGCCCACCUGUGGCCAACCCAAUAAGCAGGCCUGCGUCCACCAUCCUCUCAGACACAGCCCCUGAACCCACCACGGUCCCCUCUGUGCCCACGACAGCGACAGCUACCACCAAGGCCCAAACAGAGGCGUCCACUGCCAGCACAGCACCUGCACCUCAGGCCAGCCCAACCCCCAAGGCAGAGGCCACCCCCCCCACUGCACAGACGCUGCCAAACCUCACACCAUCCACCCAGGCGGCCCUGGGGCAGGUCACCCCCCAGCACCCGGAGCGGGUGGGGACAGAAGCCAUGCCGGGCACUGCUCCUGCUGACUGUGGAGACGCCAGCUGGCCGGCCGGAGCCCCAGGCCUGCUGGUCACCGCUGCCCCCCUGGCCCCGUCCCUGAGCUUCCUCCUGGCGGUGCUGCUCCUGGGCGUGACCCUGUUUGUCACCGUCCUGGUUCUGUUCGCCCUGCAGGCCUACGAGAGCUACCAGAAGAAGGACUACACACAGGUGGAUUAUCUGAUCAACGGGAUGUACGCAGACUCCGAGAUGUGAGCCUGCCCCCGCACCCCCACCGGCCAUGCCAACCCCACUCCACCCGGCCCGGCCCUCCCACUGCCUCUGAGACGGAACCAAGU